AUGCCUGUUACAACAAGGAGUCAGAACGCCCGGAUAGCCGCGUUUCCUGCUACUCUCCGAGAGCAAGUGAAUGGCGGUGACAGGCCACAGCGGCCGCUCGUAAACCAAGAUCUCAAUGCUCGAAACCCUGCUUCCAACGCUGCUGGAACAUCCGCCGAUGAUUCAGACAUACCGCCGACCUACACGAUCGACCUCUCGCGGCCCCCUGCGGAGCGGUACAUCGAGCUUGCAGAGGACUUCAAGCCGCAACUGCUCGGACUCACAGGCCUUUUCUCCGAAGUCAUUAAGGAUCUCGGGCUCGGCAACCAUAGCAAGACCACCACGACCCUCGCUCGACUCUUUCUACGGCGGCUGCACAGCAAAGAGCAGACCGAGGAGCUACGCGGCAUCUGUAAGGUGACUGGCAUCGACAUGUACCUCCUUGUUGCAUUCAACACGCUCCUCGAUCUCUUUAUGGGAUGUACGAGCGGCGGCGUAAGAGUCAGGGAUGGCAAUGGUAGCAAGAUGCUGCAUUUCAGAACGCUCGACUGGGGAAUGGAUGCCCUGCGGAAGGUGGUCGUACAGCUGGAGUUUGUUGAUAGACCGCACGGUGAGGUUGUUGCGAGAAGUGUCACUUACGUUGGUUUUGUUGGCGUCCUAACAGCCGUACGGAAGAGUCUUAGUAUAUCUCUCAACUUCAGGCCGAACCACAAUGACAGUACUUCCAAACUAUCAAAUGUCAAGUUCUACUCUCAUCAUGUUUUGGUUCUGCUUGGCCUGCGUCCAUCCAUAUCGUCCGUUCUGCGGGGAUACAUUCUUGCUCCGUUUCGAAACCACAACGGGCCGGAUCUCGCAUCCAUAGUCCAGAGUCUCCCAUCUACAUCCUCAACGGCAUCGUACGUGAUCGCUUCAGAUGGGAUCACCACUGCUAUUUUCGAGAAAGACCGCAUCACGGCAAGAACAACGUGUUCAUCUUCGUUCAUCGUGGCCACAAAUCACGACGUCUCUCUAGAAGCACCGCUCGUCUCUAGCGAACGUCAAAAAUCAACCGAAGUUCGACCAAGCUACCAGCAGAACGUCACCGGCAUCGAGGAUCUCGUCGCAGAGUCCAUAGACCGAAAAGGCUGCGUAACGGUGAAGUGGCAACGCGCUGUUGCUCGGUAUCGAAAACGGCAUCCCGGUGCAAGCGAGGAUGAGGUCUGUGUGUCACAGAGCGAAGUUGUGAGCUGGCUAGAGGAGUACCCUAUCACGAAUGAGUGCACGCACUUCGCCACGGUCAUGGACCCGAAGCUUGGUGAGGUUGUGUGGGUUAGGCGGUAUGGGGACCCUGUCGACACGGACGAGGAAGAAGCGUGGCAGGAUUGA